CAAGCUCAUGGUGCUGAAAUCUCGCUCCCUCGCUCGCACGCACCAAAAUGUAGACUAACGUAGAUGCAUUUAGAAGAAAGCUUAUCUCCUGAAAAAGUCACCAUAAUGGACGAAGAUUUGUUCCAGUUACGACAGCUUCCUGUGGUGAAGUUUCGCCGCACAGGCGAGAGCUCUCGCUCAGAUGAUGACCAUACCAUCAAGGAACAAGGUGUCCAGAUAAACACUUCCCAAGCUGAUCUUGACCCUGUCAACCUGGCUGAUGGUGCUUCAGUUCCACGGGAAUUUGCUAAUCCCACUGAUGAUACCUUUAUGGUGGAAGAUGCAGUUGAGGCCAUUGGCUUUGGGACUUUCCAGUGGAAGUUGUCUAUCCUCACUGGGCUGUCAUGGAUGGCUGAUGCCAUGGAGAUGAUGAUACUCAGUAUACUGGCUCCCCAGCUUCACUGUGAGUGGAGACUAGCCAGCUGGGAGGUAGCACUGCUCACCUCGGUUGUAUUUAUUGGAAUGAUGAUCAGUUCUUCACUAUGGGGCAACAUAUCGGAUAAGUAUGGCCGGAAAACAGGCCUGAGGAUGAGUGUGUUGUGGACACUGUUUUACAGCAUUCUCAGUGCAUUUUCUCCCAUCUAUGCCUGGAUUCUGUUCCUUCGUGCUCUCGUGGGAUUUGGCAUUGGAGGUGCACCACAAUCUGUCACUCUGUAUGCAGAGUUCUUACCCAUGAGGUCAAGGGCCUCAUGUAUUCUACUGAUUGAGAUAUUCUGGGCACUUGGUACUGUGUUUGAGGUACUGCUAGCCAUCAUGGUUAUGCCAACCCUGGGCUGGCGCUGGUUGCUUGCACUCUCCACACUUCCUCUCUUGAUCUUUGCUGUCCUCUGCUUUUGGCUUCCUGAGAGUGCCCGUUAUGACGUGCUGACGGGAAAUCAGGAAAAAGCUCUUAGCACUUUGAAACGCAUUGCUAUGGAGAACAAAGUGCCCAUGCCCUUAGGCAAGCUCAUCGCUGCCAGACAGGAGGACCGAGGGAAAUUUCAGGACCUAUUUUCCCCACACUUUCGUUGGACUACAAUUCUAUUAUGGUUUAUCUGGUUCUCGAAUGCAUUCUCUUACUAUGGUCUUGUUCUGCUGACAACAGAGCUUUUCCAGGAGGGAGAUACUUGUGGAGGUUCCAGAGCCAGUAAAGAGCCAGUCUGUAGCCUGGAGUGUAAAUACCUAAACUCGGAUGACUACAAAGACCUACUGUGGACCACUCUUUCAGAAUUCCCAGGUCUGCUGGUGACCUUGUGGGCAAUUGAUCGCAUUGGUAGAAGAAAGACCAUGGCACUGUGUUUUUUCAUCUUCUCCUUCUGUAUUUUGCUACUCUAUGCUUGUGUAGGGAGGACGUUUCUGACUGUGCUGAUAUUCAUCGCAAGAGCUUUCAUUGCAGGAGGUUUCCAGGCUGCUUAUGUUUAUACCCCAGAGGUGUACCCUACAGCCACCAGAGCCCUGGGUUUGGGCACAAGCAGUGGAAUGGCGAGAGUCGGGGCUCUUAUUACACCUUUUGUGGCACAGGUAAUGUUGGAGUCAUCGGUGUAUCUCACCCUGUCUGUGUACUGCUGCUGUUGUCUGCUGGCAGCGAUUGCCUCCUGCAUGCUGCCUAUUGAGACCACAGGACGUGGCCUGCAGGAGUCCAGUCACUGCGAGUGGGGCCAAGAGAUGAUGGGUCGAGACUCUGCCAACAGCCCUGGUGGUGUCCUCAAUCCAAACUGUAACCCUGAUGACUGAAUGGACAAGAAAUAGAACAAAACACUACAGAGGAGAAACAAAAAUUCAGCAUGUACUUAUUUUGAAGGAAGGUUUUGCUCAUUCAUUUGUUGGUAUCAAGUGUAAUUAUAUGGAUAUCUUCCAAUCAAUCAGUACCAUAUGUCAUUUGAUAUUCAUAGAUCAGCAUCAUUAUGUUUAAAUCAACAAAGGCGGUUUUCAUCAUUACCUCUCACCCAUGUGUUUUUGUUGUUUUUAGCAGGAUUUUCUAUUAGACCCAUUGUUCAUGAACCUUGGUGCAAGUGUCUUGCAUGGGCCAAGGAGGAUCCCAUUAAAUGUUGAAGCAGAUCUGACUUGUGGGACACCUACAGUGUGGGGUCACGCUUUAUUUUCUGCUGCAUGUGUUCAAACAGAACAGUGGGUUUUAUUUUGACAGGGUUGAGUCUGCAGUUCCAUUCUAGACAUUUCCACCAAGUUUCGUGGAAAUUGGCUAGUAGUUUUUACAUGAUUCUGUCAAACCAACCAACUAUCCAGGCAACAAACAGAAAGGAAACAUUUCCUCCCCCCAAAUAAGAAAGCAUACAAAGUAUGAUCGAAUGAGGGUUCAGAAUGAGAUAUUUGGGUUCAAAAUGACAGCAUAUCUCAAAUUUAAGUUAACUACUUUACCCAUUUCCAAGUUCAAAAAAGCCCCCAUGGUGGUAACAGGUAACAUGUUUGCAAUGAUGUUUUUGUCUUUGUUGACAUACAAUCAUGCCUCUGAAUAUAUUUAUUUUUAUAUGAUUUACACUUGAAGUCAGUAACAAGAAGUUUUUCCCUAGCCACUGUCACCUAAGUGAGGUCUUGAGCGCUGUAAAACCAUUUUACAUUAACAUGUACAUUUAUUAAUUUAGCAGAUGCUUUCAUCCAAAUUGUAGUUGUAUUUGAAUUAAUACUUUUCCAUUGUUAUUGACAUUCAUAUUUGCAUUCACUAGCAACAAAUUCUAAUUUCUCAUAUGAUCAAAACAUUGAGUAAACAGACAAAUAAUGUCUUCAAUAUUAAUGUAUGUCAGUUGCUCCCUACAAUCUCCCUGAGGCUUGGUCUUGUACUCCAUGUAACCCUCAGGAUAAUGUAGCCAUGGUUCAGAUAAAGCAUUAACUCUGUAUCUGGGUAAUAUUGUUUUCACUGUAGUCAUUGGACUACAGCUAUUGAUCCAAUCUAAUUUGACACUACAGUGGUUUUGUCAAGGUUUCUCAAGGAAAAGGAAUCACCUGGUGAAACUGAGGAUGCUACAUUUUCCUGUCACAUGAAACUGUGAGAAAUAUAUGCUAAUACAAGCAGGUGGCUAUGCAGCCCUUUCUUACAACAAACAUGUAGCUCCCUAUUUUGACGACACAUGGUCUGAGGCAUGUGGUUUAAGUGCAUCUGGAUGUGUCCAGUCCACUUUGCUAGUUUGACAAUGGAACAAGUGAUCUGACGCCUGGCACAUGGUUCAAAAGGGAUGUUCUUAUGUUAAUUAAUUAUGGGCAUGACAUCCAAUAAACCACUGAGGUUGCCAUCUGGCAUUCCUUUAAAAGCAAGGAACAUGGUGUUAUGAUGACGAGUUAACACAUUGCUCACACACACAAUUUUCUUUGAAAUAGCAGUAUUCCACCAAAGCUUUCUUUGCUAAAAUAGGUGCGUGUGUUUGACAAGCAGAAUAUACAAAAGUCUGUAAUAACCUAAUAAUUGCAUUUGUAGGGGAACAAAACACUUAACCCAAUAACUUUGCAUUUCAUUGCCAGGGUCUCAUUGGGUCUUGCCUCUAGACAGAUCACAAGCAAGACUUCUUGACCUUGCACUCUCAAAAUAACCGUAACUGUGCUUCUUAAGAAGAGGCAUCAUUUUCAGUGGCAUCAAAAUAGCAAGGCAUGAUGGCUGCACCUGACCACACCUCAUGCUAUUUACAUAAGUGUCCAUAAUGUGGGGGGAUAUUGAUCAACUGUAUUGGCAACAAACUACUGUAGCAAAGACAGCUGCAUAGUACCUGGCACUCUGAUGUGCCAGACAUAAGAUAAUAAGACACAAGAGCUCAUAAUGUUAAUACAAAUAGAAAAAAAGAGUUGGAUUGGGCAGAGGCAAAUUAAUAAAGAAAGCUCUUGGUUGUCACCCAGCACGUGUGUAUUUGUAGCCUAUUUGUAGCCUACUUGUUACAAUACCAGGCCUACCUGUGUCAUGUAGUGUGUAUGUGACUGCAGUUUAGAUGUGUGAAGAUAUUGCUGUGAAGAUAUUUAUGUGAGGGAUAACAGCUCCAUGUACACAAUUAAGGUGGAGGCAAAGAACUUUACAAUGUGAAGCAAAGUUAUAAAUUGAAUCUGAGUUUGUUGUACUACUUUCUUUGGUUACUGACUGUUGUGAUAACGAUGGGUAUAAGCUUGUUUACAGUUGAUUCCAUUGUUGCGAAGCCUGCUUCCUAGUUCGACUGUCAUACUAUGGUUGUUAUUAUCAUUCAAAAGAGCAUUGAAAUUGAAUGGUGAUCCUAGGUGAUCAGACUGGUAUUUCUUGUCUCUGGGGGAUAAACAGAAUGAAUUACUAAUAAAAACGUUGAGACUAUAACUGUAAGACAAAUGUAAUAAAAAAAAAUACUU